AUUCCAAAACACCAACCCACAAGCAUAACCAUGUUUAGAUACUCUUCUCCUUCAACAUCCAUCCACAUUCUAUUCUAUAUGUAUAUCAUCACUUGGCCACGUGAAUUCCAUUUCCUUGGCCUAACAUUAACAUGGCUUCUUCACCUCUAGUCUUCUCCGCCCCUUUCUCCUCCAUCCCCCACCGCACUUCCUCCACCAAAACCCACCUCCGUCAACCCUUCUCCCUCCCACUUUCCUCCUCUAGACCAAAACAGAGCUUCUCCUCCGUGUUCCCUUCAAAGCCCCUUCUGCUCUCUCGAAAGCUCCUCCUCGCACCUGCUUCUGUAGCUGAAGACAAAGCUGACACCGCUGAUUCCAAUUUGGUCGUCGGCGAGGACUCUGCGGUGUUUGACCUUCAGAGCCAGAAAAUUUCUUCAUGGGUGUACUUCACUGUCAUCUUGGGAGUGGUGCUGUUUGCUCUUAAUGUAGUGUGGAUUGAUCCUUCAACUGGGUUCGGUAAGGACUUUGUUGAUGCUGUUUCAGGGAUUUCAGAUAGUCCUGAGGUGGUAAUGUUGCUCCUGAUUCUCAUAUUUGCGGGUGUCCACAGUGGCCUGGCUAGCUUCCGUGACACUGGUGAGAAACUCAUUGGGGAAAGAGCUUUCCGUGUUCUUUUUGCAGGGACAUCACUACCUUUGGCUCUCACCACCAUUGUGUAUUUUAUUAAUCACAGAUACGAUGGAUUUCAGCUCUGGCAGUUGCAGAAUGUUCCCGGGCUUCAUCAACUUCUGUGGCUUUCUAACUUCAUCUCCUUCUAUUUCUUAUAUCCUUCAACCUUCAAUCUUUUAGAGGUUGCAGCAGUUGACAAGCCUAAAUUACAUCUCUGGGAAACUGGCAUCAUGAGAAUAACCAGGCAUCCACAGUUGGUUGGUCAGGUUAUCUGGUGUCUUGCCCAUACAAUUUGGAUUGGAAACUCUGUGGCUGUUGCAGCUUCAGUUGGCUUAAUUGGACACCACCUAUUUGGUGCUUGGAAUGGAGAUAGACGUCUAGCAAAAAGAUAUGGGGAAGAUUUUGAUUUAGUUAAGGAACGAACAAGUAUUGUCCCUUUUGCAGCAAUCCUCGAUGGCAGACAAAGGUUACCUAAAGAUUUCUACAAGGAGUUUAUUCGAUUACCAUACCUCACAAUCACUUUCUUAACAUUAGGAGCUUACUUUGCACACCCGCUUAUGCAGUCAGCUAGUUUCAAUCUUCAUUGGUAGGCACAAUACAACACAUUCUGUUUUUUUAUGUAAAAUCUGAUGUUUUGAAUUGUGAGACUAGUGCUACGUGCUGUAUGUAUGCUUUCUAUAGAUGAGUAGAGAUCAACUAAGAAAAGAAAAACAGAAAGGAAUGAGAUUUUUUUUUGAAAACC